UCAACGUUCCGCAGUAGAUGUACUUCGCAUUUCAUCGUAUUUAAAUAAGAGCUACGAAGAUGUUGGCUGCGGUGACAAUACUAAUUCUUUCACCGCUAUUGGUAGUUGGAAAUUUCUUUGAAUACGCGGAUUACCCAAAUAUUUGCAACAACGAGAUUUUAACGUUGAAAGGUUACUGUAGCAGCACAAUUUCAGUUAAUUUUAUCGAGUCUCCCAGUCUGAAAUGUGUAAGCAUUGCAAACAGUGAUAUCCGUUUUUUGGAGGAGGGCUCCUUUGAUGGACUGCCAAAUUUGAUUUAUCUAAAUCUUGAAGGAAAUUUUAUUCCUCCGAAUAAAUUAUUCUCUUUCGGUAACAUUUCAAACAUCACGGCAUUGAGUCUCAAUGAUCAGAGGAGGAACAGUUAUUACGAUACAGUAUUGCAAGUGAACACCGUGUAUCCUAAACUUCUAUAUUUGAAUUUGAGGAAUACUAAGAUCUCGAGGAUAACAAACACCGUGAUUAAUCCUUUUCCACAAUUAUCGUAUCUGGAUCUUUCGAAUAAUACAAUCACCUCGUUCAAUUUCGUACAAUUGUGGAACAAUUUGAUAUCGCUUAACCUGGCGGAUAAUAACAUUAAAAAUAUAGGUGAUGGUUAUGAUCUUGAUCUGAAGGGGCUGAGUAGUUUAGAACAUCUUUCCAUAGCGCAUAAUGUAAUAAGUUAUAUUAGCGGAACUGCAUUCAACCACACGGUUAAGCUUCGAUAUUUAAAUAUUUCUGAUAAUUAUGUGACAGCGUUUAGUACUGAAUUAUUUACACCUUUGAACUCUCUGGAAGUUCUUAUAUUGGAUAAUAAUAAGUUUAAUGAUAUCCCACUAAUAAUGUCAUCGAACAUAACAACGUUGUCGAUGAAUUGUAACAAUAUAACCUAUUUAAUGUCAAGCCCGUUGGAGACGUUGCCCCAUCUGAGAAAGUUGUCUUUAGCCGGAAACAGGAUUUCGUACAUUUACUCUGGAACGUUUACAUCUCAAGGGCUGUUGGAGGAAUUAUAUUUAAACGAUAACGAGCUGACUCACUUGCCAAGAAACUGGUAUCAGUCUAUGAAGAAACUUCGAUAUUUGAAUUUAUCAGGGAACAAAUUUACUUCGAUUGAAUCUGUUCUUGAUUUGGCUAACGUCGCUUUGAAAGAGGUUCACCUAGACGGUAACCCUAUAAUGUUCAUCGAAACAGGUAUGCUGAAAUCUGUACCAGAAAAUGUGACGAUUUAUCUGAACAUGAACGUGACACGACCGACGAGCUUCUGUAGACGUUCAUAUUCAGAAUUGAGUAAUUCAGAAUUGAGUAAUUCAGAAUUGAGUAAUUCAGAAUUGAAUAAUUCAGAUAGUGAGGAUUAUUGAAUUGUGAAAGAAAAUGUAUAGAACAAUAUUAUGUCGGAUCAUGUAUCAAUAAUAUGACGGUAUUGAUUAAUAUUCAAACUGUAACAUUAUAACAAUAAAUAUAUAAUUGUAUAAA